UUUUCCACCACAUACAUCGUCUACGGCAAAGAGUUUAAUAAGUAUAAGGGUUGUCUACGGUAGUACCUACGUCUUUUACAAAUUGUUCGCGUUGCUUUGUUUGCAAUAAAACUUUGCACUUCUAUACUUUAAAAUGUUACUGAUUUAUUAAAGUGAUGAUGGACAUUAUACGAUAGAUGUUGGUUCGGUCGUUCUACUUAUUCAUCAAUUGUCUUCUCUCAGACUAGAUCAGAUUAACGCUGAUCGUCUAGCGUCUUCGUCGUCACAACAACACACACCAAAGUUCACCAAACACAACCUUUGUGCCAAUUUCAUGGUAUUUCUUAUUUCAAUAGUUUGUCAACAAAAAUAUGGAGGACGCAACUUCUCAGGAAACAAUAACAGAGGAAAUAAAGUUUAAACCAAGAAAGAAACAUAACCUUCGUCAGCGUAUCAAAGAUGAUGAUGAUUCUGAGGACGAACAACACAUCUUGGCUAAAUUGGAAGAAACCAAGGUGUUACAGAAACUUCGAGAACGGCCCAACGGUGUUAGUGUGAUUGCUUUGGCUACGGGUCAAAAGACAACGAUUGAGGAAGAAAUUACUUGUAAGGACCCAUUUAAGGUCAAAUCUGGUGGUAUGGUGAAUAUGCAGGCAUUAAAGAGUGGUAAAGUUAAGCAAGUUGAUGAUGCAUACGAUACUGGCAUCGGUACGCAGUUUUCUGCCGAAACUAACAAACGUGACGAAGACGAGGAAAUGAUGAAAUAUAUUGAAGAACAAUUAGCGAAACGAAAAGAAGGACGUAAUGAAGACACAAAAGAAUCUGAACAAAAUGAUGCUUUGAAAUACUUAUCACCCGAAGAAGCUGCAUUAUUGUCUCUGCCUGAACAUUUGAGGGUUUCAUCAGCACAUCGCUCAGAGGAGAUGCUGUCUAAUCAGAUGCUCAGUGGUAUUCCUGAAGUAGAUUUGGGUAUUGAUGCAAAAAUUAAAAACAUUGAGGCUACAGAAGAGGCUAAAAUGAAACUGCUUUGGGAGAGGCAUAAUAAAAAAGACUGUCCUUCACAGUUUGUGCCAACUAACAUGGCAGUGAAUUUUGUACAACAUAACCGGUUCAACAUGGAUAGUGAUAUUGCUAAAAAACGUAAACUUGAGAAGCCAGAAGUGGCUAAGACUGAAAGUAGUGUUAUAGAUGAUAAUGUAGAUAAAAUAGUGAAGAAGGCUAAAGGUGAAAGAGCUACUGACGAUUAUCAUUAUGAAAAGUUUAAGAAACAGUUUAGAAGAUACUGAACAAAUUGUUUUAUUUCUAUCCAUUUUUAAAUAAGAUAAGUACCUAAAAUAGGGCAUACCGGUUUUUAAUUUUUUCUCAGGAAUAGCACAGUCUAGAAUUGUACUUGAUGUAUGUUAUAGUCGUAAUUGAACAUUAAACAAUCUGAAAUAGCUUGCUGGUAACUUCUGUAUGCAACACAAGUGGGUAUUAUGAUUAUUUAUUAGAAGUGGUUAGUGUUGGUCUGAUGCUGGUUUAUUGGUGUUGUUAUAUAUUUUGAUAUGCUAAGGGUUCACAUAGGGAUUUGUAUCAAAGGCUUUUGUGUUAUUUUGUUAUUGUCCAAAUAUGUUUUAUAAACUUUAUAAAUAUAAGUUAAGUAUUUAACAUAAAAAAGUAUUAUAUUUAUGUAUUAAGAACAGAAAAAAGUAAUGUUUUUAUUAUAGUAUAUAUUUUGCUAAGUUGUUUGAAAAAAUGUUCUAUACAGCUGUUUAGAAGUCGUUGAGUCUUGGUGGGAGAACAAGAACUUUCUCUCAAACUCAUAUCAGCAUCAUCUUGACAAUCAGUCAAGUUCAUAACCAGUUACUUUUGUCUCUUUGGUCUAUCUCUUAGUCUUGUUGUUUUUAACCCCCGACGCAAAAACGACGUCGUAAGUUUGACGUGUCUGUGUAAAUGUGUGUGUCUUCUGUGGCAUCGUAGCUCCCAAACGGAUGAUCCGAUUUUAAUGCGGUUUGAAAGGUAUAUCAGUCAAGAGUGUUCUUAGAUAUGUUUGGUGGAAAUCGGUUCGGCUCUUCAAGAGCUGUUGGGUGGAAAUCGGUUCAGCUCUUCCAAGAGCUAUGUUUGGUGGAAAUCGGUUCAGCUCUUCCAGAACACCGGGUUAGUUACGUGUGAUAGGAAUGUUCACGCUCAGUUUACUUGCAAGCAUAUGUGGGAUCUGACAUUUGAAACACUAAUGUCUUUUGGAACCAGGGCCGUCUUUAAACUACUUGAAGCGCUGUGCACAUUAGGAUCAUGAGCCCCUAUGAUCUUGAGAAAACAUUAUUUAGUUGUAAUACAUUAAGAAAGUAACAAAAAAAUAAAGUUUGACAAACAAGGUUCGAAAUUUAUUUUUAUUUGGUUACUAACUAUAAAAA